AUGGUGGAAGAGAGUCCGGAACUCCAGUCCGCUUUGCGGAACCUGGACCGGGAGUUGGAGGAGGGCGAUAUUACUGAGAAAGGGUAUCAAAAGCGACGCACGCUCCUACUCUCCCAAUUCCUCGGCCCCAAUAAGCCGCUCGAAAUCAACCCCCAUGCUAUCGCAGACUAUGAAGAUCCAUCUGACGGUAAUCAUCCUACCAUCGCUUCUCCAACCUAUGCCGCUGGCUUUGAUGGAAGGCAAAGCAGCGGAGGGUUCGGGUACAACCACGGUGUCAGCAUGGAUGCACAGAAUCCGGCCUCAUCUCGAGGAAGCGCCUACGAACGCGACAGUACCGGCAUGUUACAACCUUUGGACCGGAUGCCGUCGUCGGCGUCGUACGAUUCGCUGUUUCUUCCCAAGCCUCCACCCCCGGGGUCGCAAGGACCAGACGGAUCGAGGACCGCCACUUUAAUGAGCCAAAACUACGCCUUCAACCCCGAAUCGCAACCGGAAUAUUCCCAGCCAGAAUACGUUCAGCCGGAGUACAUGGAUGACGGCAUGGGUGACUACGAUCCUGCAUCGGGUGGGGUCACGCGACAGUCCACAAUGCUCGACUCGCAGCAAGGAUAUUUCUCGGACUUCGCUGGACAACAGCAUGAUGACUACAGAGAGAGCUAUGGCGGUGGUGGCGGUGGUGGGUAUCAUCGCUACUCUCAAUCCGGCGAAGCCUUCUCUCCAACAGCGAACAUCCCGCCGCCGUUCAUCCCGCCCUCAGAUCUCCCCCAUGGACCUGCCAUCGAGCACCUGCUGCCUCUAGAACCGCGUGAUAUCCCAUUUGCAGUGAAUGAUCCUCAUGAUAAAAAUAUUCCCAUGUCAAACUUUGACAACCUCCCGGCCGUCCUACGCCAUCGCGCACGAGUCCACCCGAAACAGCCUGCGUAUUGGGUGCUGGACCAGAAAGGAAAAGAAAUUGCGUCGAUAACGUGGGACAAACUAGCUAGCCGUGCGGAGAAAGUUGCCCAAGUGAUCCGCGAUAAGAGUAAUUUGUAUCGCGGUGAUCGAGUUGCCCUAAUUUACCGCGACGCAGAGAUCAUAGAGUUUGCUGUCGCUCUCAUGGGGUGUUUCAUCGCAGGUGUUGUCGCUGUUCCGAUCAAUAGUUUAGACGACUAUCAGGCUCUGAACUUGGUCCUGACCUCAACUCAAGCGCAUCUUGCUUUAACUACCGAGAACAACUUGAAGGGCUUCCAGCGAGACAUCACCGCGCAGAAGCUGAAUUGGCCACGAGGAGUUGAAUGGUGGAAGACCAACGAAUUUGGCAGUUUUCAUCCCAAGAAGAAAGAUGAUACUCCCGCUCUUGUUGUGCCCGACCUGGCAUAUAUCGAAUUUGCACGAGCUCCGACUGGAGAUAUGCGUGGCGUAGUGAUGAGCCACAGGACGAUCAUGCAUCAGAUGGCUUGCCUGGGUGCUAUGGUUUCCACAGUUCCCACCGAUGCUAGCACCAAACAGUAUGCCAAGGGAGAGACUAUCAUCAGCUAUCUCGAUCCACGACAAGGAAUUGGUAUGAUUUUGGGUGUUCUGAUGACCGUAUAUGGCGGUCAUACAACUGUUUGGCACGAAGACCGAGCUGUCGAAACUCCUGGCCUUUACGCUCAUCUUAUCACAAAGUAUCGUGCGACUAUCAUGGCCGCCGAUUACUCUGGACUCAAGAUUGCUGCAUACAACUAUCAGCAAGAUCCUAUGGCGACUAGACAUUUCAAGAAGAAUGCGGAGCCCAAUUUCAGCAGUGUCAAACUUUGCUUAAUUGACACGCUUACUCUUGACUCGGAAUUUCAUGAGAUUUUGACUGAUAGAUGGCUGCGACCCAUGAGAAACCCGCGAGCCAGGGAGAUUGUUUGUCCAAUGCUCUGCCUACCCGAGCACGGCGGAAUGGUCAUCAGCGUGCGUGACUGGCUAGGUGGUGAAGAACGAAUGGGAUGUUCUUUGACCCAUGAGAUGGAUCCUGCGAUACGCGACGUCAAAAAAGAAGAUGCGAAAUUUGAGAAAUCCGAGACCAACACGGGCUUUGGUAGCAGUCUGCUCGGCGGCGGUUCUCGUGUUUCUGCUCCUAAGGAAACUGCAAAAAAUGACUUAGGCGAGGUUUUACUUGACAAGGAGGCCCUGAAAAGCAAUGAAGUUCUGGUUCUGGCAAUGGGCGAAGACGCUCGCAAGUAUGCCAAGAGCAUGCCACAUGCUGUCCGUGUCGGUGCCUUUGGUUACCCCAUCCCUGAUGCUACACUGGCUAUUGUCGAUCCAGAGACCAACCUUCUAUGCACACAAAACGUCGUUGGUGAAAUAUGGGUAGAUUCUCCUUCGCUAUCUGGAGGUUUCUGGGCAUUACCCAAACAUACCGAGGCCAUCUUCCAUGCUCGGCCCUACAAAUUUGAAGAUUCAAACCCUACUCCUGUGCUUGUGGAGCCCGAGUUCCUACGUACGGGCCUGCUAGGCUGCGUGAUCGAAGGCAAAGUGUUUGUGCUAGGUCUGUACGAAGAUCGACUACGCCAGAAAGUGGAAUGGGUUGAGCAUGGCCAAGAAAUCACCGAGCACCGAUACUUUUUUGUCCAGCACUUGGUUGUUAGUCUACUCAAAAAGGUGCCGAAGAUCCAUGACUGCACCGCGUUCGACGUGUUUGUAAAUGAUGAACAUUUGCCGGUUAUUGUCCUAGAGUCUUUCGCUGCUUCAACAGCACCCACAACGUCCGGUGGUCCACCGCGACAAUUGGAUUCUGUCCUUCUUGAUUCUCUUGCAGAGCGAUGCAUGGAAGUGCUCUACCAAGAGCAUCAUCUUCGUGUCUACUGUGUUCUCUUAACAGCUCCAAACACACUUCCCCGCGUGACGAAGAAUGGAAGACGAGAGAUUGGCAACAUGCUCUGUCGCAAGGACUUCGAGGCUGGCAUGUUACAGGCUGUGCACGUCAAGUUUGGAGUUGAACGCUCUGUGAUGAAUCUCCCCGUUGGCGUUGACCCCGAGGGCGGCAUUUGGUCGCCGCUGGCCUUGGCAUCCAGGCAAGAGAUGCUUGCCUACCAGGAGAAGCAGUAUUCUGGCGUGGACUACCGAGAUGUUGUCAUGGACGACCGAACAUCAACACCGCUGAACAACUUCAAUACAAUUGUUGACCUGCUCCAGUGGCGUGUUUCUCGCCAGGCCGAAGAACUAGCAUAUUGUUCCAUUGAUGGCCGCGGCAAGGAAGGCAAGGGUAUUACCUGGAAGAAGUUUGACCUGAAGGUUUCCGCCGUUGCGACUUACUUGAAGAAUAAGGUCAAGGUUCGCCCAGGAGACCACUUGGUUUUGAUGUACACUCAUUCCGAGGAGUAUAUCUAUGCCGUUCAUGCCUGUUUAUGCUUGGGUGUCGUCGUCAUCCCACUGGCCCCCAUUGAUCAAAACCGUCUCUCGGAAGAUGCACCUGCGUUUUUGCACGUCAUUAACGAUUUCAAUGUGAAGGCCAUCAUCGUCAACACUGAGGUUGACCAUGUCAUGAGGCAAAAGCUCGUCUCCCAGCACAUCAAACAGUCUGCACAGGUCCUCCGGAUUGGUGUUCCUGCCAUAUACAACACCACUAAGCCAUCGAAGCAAUCACAUGGAUGCCGCGAGCUUGGUUAUACCAUUAAGGAUACCUGGCUUCGAGCAAACCAAACCGCCAUGGUUUGGACCUACUGGACGCCAGAUCAGCGACGCAUUUCGGUCCAAAUUGGCCAUGAUACUAUUAUGGGGAUGUGCAAGGUGCAGAAAGAGACAUGUCAAAUGACAAGCUCGCGACCAGUGCUUGGUAGUGUGCGCAGUACUUUGGGUCUUGGUUUCCUUCACACUUGCUUGAUGGGUAUCUACGUCGGCGCGCCUACUUAUCUUGUUUCGCCAGUCGACUUUGCUCAAAACCCAAUGACUCUAUUUGUCACUCUGUCACGAUAUAAGAUUAAGGACACCUACGCGACCAGUCAGAUGUUGGAUUAUGCAAUGAGCGCCAUGGCUGGCAAGGGCUUCCAGAUGCAAGAGCUCAAAAAUUUGAUGAUCUCGGCGGAAGGUAGACCCAGAGUCGAUAUCUAUCAAAAAGUUCGCCUGCAUUUCGCUUCCGCUGGUCUGGAUCGUACCGCAAUUAAUGUUGUGUACUCACACGUCCUGAAUCCCAUGAUUGUGACCAGAUCCUAUAUGUGCAUUGAACCGGUGGAGCUUUGUUUGGACCUUCGCAGCCUCCGCCGCGGUCUGAUCUAUCCCGUGGACCCUGAUGCUGAUCCAGGCGCUCUUCUAGUCCAGGAUUCAGGCAUGGUUCCAGUUAACACACAAAUUGCCAUUGUGAACCCGGAGACGUGCACUCUUGCGCAUGUUGGAGAGUAUGGUGAGAUCUGGGUCCAAUCUGAUGCUUGUGCUCAGGGAUUCUAUAGAUCUAGGCAGGAGUUUGACGCCGAGAGGAUGAAUGGUCGAGUCGCCGAUGGUGAUCCCAGCGUACCUUAUGUUCGUACUGGAGAUCUGGGCUUCUUGCACACUGUUACCCGACCCAUUGGCCAUGGUGGACAGGCUGUUGAGAUGCAAGUACUCUUUGUCCUGGGAAGCAUUGGUGAGACUUUUGAGGUCAACGGUUUGAACCACUUCCCUAUGGAUAUUGAGAACUCUGUUGAAAGGUGCCACCGUAAUAUCGUGAACGGAGGAUGUGCUAUUUUCCAGGCAGGCGGUUUGAUUGUGGUCGUAGUUGAGGUCACUCGCAAGGCCUUCCUGGCCUCCCUUGUACCUGUCAUUGUUGACACGGUCUUGAACGAACACCAGGUUGUCACGGAUAUCGUUGCCUUCGUUUCAUCGGGUGACUUCCCUCGCUCCCGCCUCGGCGAAAAGCAACGCGGGAAGGUUUUGGCUUCUUGGGUGACUCGCAAAUUGCGCACCAUAGCCCAGUUUAGUAUCCGAGACAUGGAUGAAGAUCAUCCAUUCGCUGACCUAUCUCAACACCGCGCGAGCCGUAGCUCCAAACCUGGGAGCACCAUGGGCAACAGUAUCCGGCACUCCAGCGUUAAUCCAGAGACUGGUGAUAUCCCUGCUGUUCCUCGAUCUCCUGCGGCCGUAGUUCCCGAAGAAAGAUUUGAUGCGCCUCAGGAAUCUUAUAAGAUUCCACGCCAGCAUCUCGAACUUGACACUCGCACUGAAAAUAUGGUUUCUUCAACUCCUGUGCCUGAAGCGACUUCUAGCGUUCCUUAUAUCCAGGAGCCCCAGUCAGCGACGAUUGUGACCGAGGAUGACGAUCACUUCAAUUCCAUGGAGCCUGCUCAUGAUGGCGCCACUGGUGCCAAUCGUGAUUUCCGAUUCAGUUUCGAUAUUAUCAAUACCCCGAUGGAGACUCUUCCCCAGCAAUCCGCUCCCCAGACAACUGAGCGGCGUCCGUCUAGGCAGGAUUCGCUUCCCAGUCAGCAACAUUAUGCGGGCGAGUCUGGAGUUGCACAUUCCCGUCCAGGUACACAAGAGAGCGGACCAAUCAGUGACUGGCCCCAGGAGGCUCUGAUGUAUCAGUCUGCCAUUGGAACUGAAGACAAUCACUACGCUCAGCAAAAGCACUAUCCUGGAGGUGGUCACUUGAUUUGA